AAUAAAAUUCCGGAUUGCAAAACACAUGUUAAGUACAAAGCUGAUCUUCAGACAUUAUAAAUAGCGUAAGUUAAUUGUUCUUUAACAUCAGCAAUUACAUACUUCUCUAUCUGAUUAAUCUUCUGCAUACACACUUUCUUCUACAUUACUUUCAGCAAUAUCCAACAUGAGUAACUCCCAGAAUGCAAGCUUCAACGCCGGUGAGGCCAAGGCCCAGGCUGAGGAAAAGACCAACCAGAUGUCAGCGAUGGCCGGAGAAACGAGCAACCAGAUGUCAGAAAAGACCAGCCAAACGUCAGAAAAGGCUGGAGAAAAGACCAGCCAGGUAUCAGACAUGGCCAGUGAAAAGUCUAGCCAGGCUUCACACAUCGCCAGUGAAAAGACCAGCCAAGCCGGUGGCAUGCUCCAGUCUGCUAAGGAAUCAGUCCAAGAGGCUGGUUCACAAAUGAAGGCCAAGGCAGAGGGUUCUGCUGAAGCUCUCAAGAACGCCACUGGCAUGAACAAUUGAGCUCAGCUACUCCAUUAGCUUCCGGCCUUUCGCCACCGAAUAAUAGCUUUUUUGUUUUUAUGAAUUAAGGAUCCAUUAUUGUAA